UACUAUGGCGAAGCCGAGAAGGCAGCCAGGGAAGCCAUAGAACUGCAGAGGAAGACUCCGUUUGCUUGUCAUGUAAUGGCUCAUGUGAUUGAGGAGACUAAGGAGGCGGGGGAGGGGGUGGAGUUUCUAACUGGUAGCCGUGGUGAUUGGUCAGACACCGUAUACAACAAUCACCUUACCUGGCACCUUACUCUAUAUCACCUUGGUGGGUGUGGCUCUGUCACCUUGGUGGAACUUGGAGACACAGAGGCUGUUCUGAAUGAGUAUGACACAAUCCUCGUCAAGUCUGUCACCCCCGACAACAGGUUGGGACUACUCGAUGCCUCCUCGUUGCUAUGGCGACUGAAUCUCAUGGGUGUGGAUGUUGGUAACCGGUGGCAACGGAUCACAGACUCCCUGAGAAUCCAUAUUGGGAAGCACGGCUCUUCCUGGUACGAUGCCCAUCUCAUGUUCUCUCUGUGUCACGGGAGACUCUGCGAGGAGACUGCCAGACUGGCCCUCGCCAGGGAAAUGGUCAAGUCAGUGGAGGAGUAUGCCAAGAAUGGUGGCUCCUACGACAGCUCUGUCAGCGAAAUGGUUGGUGUUCCAUGUUGCAAUGCUCUACUGGCAUAUGGAGAGGAGAAAUAUGACGAGGUUGUGUCUCUCCUCGUCCCGCUGCGCUAUGACCUCCACCGACUGGGAGGGAGCUGGGCACAGAGACAAGUCUUCAACCUCACUAUGAUCCAGGCAGCUGUUAAUGCCAGGGACAUCCCCAUGGCAAUGGCUCUUGUUGCCGAGCUAAAGGCCCAGAAGCCUCAGUGCCGCUCUCUCUCCUCCCUCUUCAACUCUCUCAAGACCACCUAUGAUGCCAAGAAUACCACACCCACUGACCACACCCCCUCUAGCCCAGCUCGGAAAAAGCCUCGCACAGAACAAGACAACUCAUAGAAACAUUUUUGAACGUGAAGAAUUUACUUUUAGAUUUUAGAUUUCAAAAAUAUCAUUCUUUUUGUUUUUAUUUAUAGAAAGACUAUAAUUUUUGCUGUUUAUAUAGAAAAAUACAAUUAUUGCUGCUUGACACACAAAACUGCAGCGAACACGAGAAAAUUUGGUGAAAAGGAACAUGGGGAGGAUUUAGAAAGAGUUUUUUGUGAUGUCAUGUGGUCAGGUUGCCCCAAGUCCCCCCACCUCCUCUGCCCCGUUAAUCAUUGACAUGAGGAGGAGAGCGUCGAUCCUCGCCUCCCCCUCGUGAACAAAGUGCUCCAGUCUCAGUUGCUCGGUGACCUCUGUACUGACCUCGAAGAGCGGGGUGAGGAGACACAUGAGCUCCCCAAACCUCCCAGAUCCCCCGACGAGUGCUUGUCGGUGUACUCCUUGAGGGAGAUGUGACUCCUCUUCCGAUGGGCUCGAACCACCUCUCUGUUUCUCAGACAACUGGACUCAGGGUUGAAAAGCACAAUCUCCAUCAUCAGACUGUACUCCUUGUUAUCCAUGUUCACCACCUUCAGAGGCUCCACUAGCUUCUUCAGCGUCACCGAGGCAACCGCUGACACACCCGAGUUGCUGUUGGUAGGUCGAAUGGCCUUCCCUGUCAUACCUAGCAACAGAACCCCAUCAUAGGCAAUGGAGGCCCUGGCAAAGCCCAGCAUGACCAGUUCAGCCACCGUCCUCCGCAGCAGGGCCUUCUGGUCGAGUGGAGAGAGGUCCUCGAAGCCGGUCAC